AUGAUUAUAUUCUGGCUAUGGGCUUUAAUAGCCUGCCUUGUCAGCAAUUCGGCGGCCGAGAGGGGUGGUUCCCUCAGGGGGGCGCUUGAAGCAUUACAAAGGAGACAACGCGGCCGUCUUCAAACUUCGGGACACAUCGUUCCACAGGACUAUGAUACUUUAUACGAGUUUGUCCCUCCUCAAGCAUAUGCAGAACCCGACUAUGCGAUUGAUGUUGAAGAUGUUGAGGAAGAACCAAAGUACAUUGUAAAAUUACUUGAUAAUGAAACUCCUUCUGAUGCAUAUGAAUAUAAGAUCAUCAAAAAGAAAAAUUCGGUUACCCGUGGUGAUAAUAAAAGACAAUCUGCAUUUCGGGAAAGAAGUCAACACUCCGACAACGAUAGACUUCGGGACCUUUUCAUGGAAAGAAAUGAGGCUCAGGAUAAGGAAGAAAUUUCACAAGAAAGACCUGAAAACGACGCUGAUUAUGCUAUGCUAUUAGGACAGUUAUGGAGUAAAUAUAAAACCAAUAAAGCAAAUUCCAACCGAGUAGAAAAUGCUCCCCAAGGUGUAAUUAAAUUGUAUAAAGAGAAGAUUGUUAAAAAAAGUUAUCCAAAUAAUUGGGGGCCCAUAGCUUUCAAAAGGAAACGAAGUUCAGGCUACGAACCGGAGCGUCCAUCUGUUGACAUAGACGAAAGUAAAAUUUUAGAAAACCAAGACCAAGAAAAUUCUAACUACAACGCGUACGAUGUAUCUGAUGAUGACAAAGACGAUGAUAUGCGAGAAGAAUAUGCCAUUGCUUUUCAGCCGUUAGAUGAUGACAGCCUUUCUGAUCUGGCAGAUGAGGAUCAGUUUGCCUAUGAAAAUAUUGAGAAAAGAUUUCCUGUGUCUAAACGAAGUGGUGGAACUGGAAGCAAUAAUAUGCAAAAGAAAAGAUUUGCCCUAAACAACCACGAUAAUGCAAAAACUUUUAGAGGUAGUUCGGGUACUGAUCCAAAAAUAAUCGAAGAUUUAUCAAAAAUAUUUGAUAAUUCGGAAUAUGAAAUAAUAAGAAACCCAGUCAAAAGAAGCAGUGACAAUGUCGAAACCCCUCAUGAAAUAAAACCUCCCAGUGUGAAUAGUCAUGAUAAAAAUGAUAGUCGCAUUAACUCCAGCUCAUCGUCACCAGACUCCACAAAUCAUGAGCAUCAUGGUCAUCCCCCAGGAGUAACUGGCAAAGAGUUAGAACAUGAUGAACAUUCUCACGAUCACGAUCAUGAUCACCACAACCAUGACAUGCCAGAGUCUGUAAAACCCAAAAUUAUACAAAAAAAGUCUGUAGACUGGUCCGAUUACUUUGGAAUUGACAAGAGAUUUAAAAAGUCACCGGGCUUAAGUGAUGAACGGCUUAAAAAGCUUUAUUUUGAUACAUUUAACAAAGAGGUAGUUUAUCCUUUAAACAAUGUGAGGAGAACAAGUUACAUGAAGCGGAACUUUGUUGCACCGAAGUUUAGAGAGAAUGUACCGAAUACUAAUAUGAAACCACGUGAAGAAAAAAGGAAUGCAGGUAUUAAUACUGACACAAAGUUAGAAAAUUUUGACAAAAAAUUGAAGAACAUGGAAGGAAUAAUUGUAGAUGAAGCAUUGCAGUAUUCUAAUAAUGGAGAACAAUUAGAUUCAAAGGAAGAACAAGAAAUGAAAGAAAAAUUAUUGUCACGUCUAGCUGCUGCCUAUAGUUUGGAAAAAAUGCGUAAGGCAUUAAAAGAAUUCAAGCAGAGCCUACAAAUGCAAAAGGUGACACCAAGCUCUCAGUCUACUUCGGAUGGUGAAUCUAAGGAUAAGAGAGUUGCUGUUAAAAAAGAAAAAGUAAUAAUAGGGAACGAUAUUCCAUCUGUUCAUGAACAAAAAAGUGAAAUAGAUGAAGAUUUUGAAGAUGAACAAGGCGCAGGACACUACAUAAAUGGAAAACUAGAAGAGCAAUUAUCCGAGGGAUACAUGGGCGGGAGUGGCCGACAUCGUUCUCCUGCCAUUUCUACAGUAAGCUCUGCCGGCGCGUGUCCUGUACUUGAUAAGAUCAUUAAAAGGUGCAGGGGUGUAGACUUACUAGCGGGAGAUCGUGGCCAGCUGUUCCUACCUCUGUGUAGUUUACAUCAAAUAUGCUACCUUUGUGGAGAAGCCCCACCUACGACAUGCGAUUUAGUUUUUCUCUCAGAAGCCGAUUCCACCUGUGAAGGCGAUAUGAGCUGCCAACGUGCCGCACGAUCUGCUUUGAUGGCUUUGAGAGAGCUACAUGACAACCUGGCUGAUGAGUUGGAUGGUGAAUGCGAGGCUAGCCCCUGCCUCCCUGCAACCCUGAAGCUGAAUCUAGGCUGGCAGAGAGCCCUGCAACGAUAA